AUGUCUCGCUACGCAGCAGCCCACGCCAAUCCUCAGGGUCCCGGCGACGCCAGACCAACCGCGCUGCAGAUCAUCAAAGAUGAAGGUGUGGAGGGCAAACUGCAAGACAAGGUCAUUGUCAUCACUGGCACCUCGUCGGGGAUUGGAAUCGAGACAGUUCGUGCUCUCUCGGUCACUGGAGCUAAACUUUUCUUGACAGCCCGAAAUCUCGCCAAAGCUAAGGAAGCCCUAGCCGGCAUCUUCGACCCCAGCCGCAUGGAGCUUGUCGAGAUGGACCAAGAGUCUCUGGACAGUGUCCGUCUCGCAGCCAACAGCAUUCUAGCCAAGACAGACAAGAUCAAUAUCCUAGUCAACAAUGCCGGAAUUAUGGCCGUCCAGACCCUUCAGUUUACCAAAGACGGUCACGAGCUGCAGUUCGGCACCAAUCACUUGUCUCAUUUCUUGUUCUUUGAGCUGCUAAAGCCGGCUCUGCUGGCAGCUACUAUGCCGGACUUUCACAGCCGUGUUGUCGUCGUGUCUUCUACCGCACACUUGAGGAAUGGCAUCAAUGCCUCGGACAACUACAACUUCGAAAAGGGCGGAUAUACUCCUUGGGGAGCCUAUGCACAGUCCAAAACUGCCAACAUCUACAUGGCCAACGAACUGGAGCGGCGAUAUGGCUCUCAGGGCCUUCACGGGAUAAGCCUACACCCUGGUGGGAUCAUGACUCCUCUCGCAAAGCAUCUUCCACAAGCUGAGUUGGAGAGCGCCGGCAACGGCGGGGAGCUCUUUAAGCAAUUCAAGAGCCCUGAGCAAGGAGCUGCCACAACUGUCUGGGCGGCAAUUGGGAAGCAGUGGGAGGGAAGAGGAGGGAAAUAUCUUGCAGAGUGCGCUGAGGCGGAUCCCUCAGAGGACGAGAGUAACGCUUUUGGCUCGGGGUACGCCAAGCACGCAUUCGAUCCGGAGGCCGAGGGUCGGCUAUGGAGGGACUCUCUGAGGCUUGUCGGGUUAUCUUGA